GGGGCAUGGCGCGCUGCGCGGCGCUGGGCGGCUGGCACAAACGGCGGCGCCGGGGCCGGAGGAAAAAGCUGGCCACCCUCUCGGGCCCUUUUCCCAGCCCGUAGGGCCCACAGAGGACUCGGGGACCUGCGAGCACCCCCCAAGGCCCGAGAAGAGCCUCCGCCACCGCCACCUGCCCUGCGCCUGGCCCCGCUGCCCCGCGGCCUUCGGCCGAACCCAGUGGAGGAGGCGCGGGCGGAGGAGGGUGGCACCAUGGGCCCGGGCCGUGCCCUCCAUGCCCGGGGGAUGAAGACACCGCUGCCAUGGACAGCCCUUGCCAGCCGCAGCCGCCCUUGAGCCAGGCCCAGCCGCAGCUGCCCGCUCCGGCCUCAUCGGAGCCUAAGGACACCGGUCGGGCCAGGAUGGGGGUGGAGAGUUUCUUGCCCUGUCCCCUGUACCACCACCACCCGGGGGCCUCCAGUGAGGCCCCGGGGAGCGGGGCACCCCGCUCCGCAGCAGUAGGAGGAGCAGCAGCAGCAGCAGCAGCAGCGGCCAAGGCCAGCCCUCUGCGCGAGGGCUUCUGCGGCCAGGACGGCGAGCUGUGGGCGCUGCAGAGCGAGGGGGCCGCGGCCCUGGUGACCAAGGGGUGCCAGCGCCUGGCGGCCCAGGGGGCCCGGCCCGAGGCCCCCAAGCGCAAGUGGGCAGAGGACGGGGGGGACGCCCCGGCCCCCAGCAAGCGGCCGUGGGGUCGGCAGGAGAACCAGGAGGAGGAGGAAGAGCCGGAGGAGGAGGAGGAGGAGGAAGGCGAGGCACAGGCCGAGGGGGCGGCGGGCGGCCGGGCCAGCAGCAGCAGUGGCGACGGCGGUGGCAGCGUGGAGGCCGGCGCUGGGCGGCAGGAGGCGGCGGCGGGGGCGGCCUCGGCCUCGGCCUCGGCCCCGGCCACGGAGCGCCUGGCCCUGGACUACAUCGUGCCCUGCAUGCGCUUCUACGGCAUCUGCGUCAAGGACAGCUUCCUGGGGGCGGCGCUGGGCGUGCGCGUGCUGGCCGAGGUGGAGGCCCUGCGGCGGGGCGGCCGCCUGCGCGACGGGCAGCUGGUGAGCCAGCGCGCCAUCCCGCCGCGCAGCAUCCGCGGCGACCAGAUCGCCUGGGUGGAAGGCCACGAGCCGGGCUGCCGCAGCAUCGGCGCCCUCAUGGCUCACGUGGACGCCCUCAUCCGCCAUUGCACCGGCCGCCUGGGCGCCUACGUCAUCAACGGGCGCACCAAGGCCAUGGUGGCAUGUUACCCCGGUAACGGGAUGGGCUAUGUGAGACAUGUGGACAACCCUCAUGGUGAUGGCCGCUGCAUCACCUGCAUCUACUACCUGAACCAGAACUGGGAUGUCAAGGUGCACGGCGGCCUCUUACAGAUAUUCCCCGAAGGCCGGCCCGUUGUGGCCAACAUCGAGCCUCUCUUCGACCGGCUGCUCAUCUUCUGGUCUGACCGGCGGAACCCCCAUGAGGUGAAGCCUGCCUAUGCCACCAGGUAUGCCAUCACCGUCUGGUAUUUUGAUGCCAAGGAGCGCGCAGCAGCCAAAGACAAGUACCAGCUAGCCGCAGGACAGAAGGACGUUCAAGUGCCCGUCUCACAGCCCACCACGCCCACCUAGUGCCGGCCUGAGAUCUGUGGACAGAUGCUUGCCCGGGCCCAUUGCUGCCCUGCUGGCUCCACCAGCCUCAGGGCCCUUGCCCUUGCCUGCCACUACUGCUGCUUCCUCCGAACUCUGCCUUUGUCCUGCCUGGCAUGGAGGGCUCUAGGGGUCAUGGAGGACCGGGAUGGAGGAGGAAGGACAGGCUUCUGCUGGCCCAGGCUAGGACUGAGUGGGACAAGGGCCACCUACCGUUCAGAGAACUGGGGCCUGGGAUCUGCCCUGCCAUGCCCCUAGCAGGUGUGUGGAACUGGAAGGGGAGGCAUUGAUUGGCACUUCCCACCAGGAUGCAGAAGGGGGGCUGGGACGAGUCAUGGCCUCUUGCUGGCAGGGGCUUGUGGGGGGGUGGAUCCCCGGCUCCCCCCCACUCCUCCAGCUUGGAAUGUAAAGUGGCUCCCUAUGCCCCUUGGCCAUGGCACCUUUCGGACUGGGCCACCGCUGCUUAUGGAGCCCGGAGGACCACGGUGUAAGUUCCGUCAGCCACGAAAUAAAGGUUUACCUCAGCUGCAA